AUGCCUAAGUCGGUCAUUGAUCCGAUCCUAAACGUCGUCGAUGGAAAGAUAUACGUAAUCGGAGGUCGUUAUUCGAGGGACAAGAAUUUGGGUGUUUGGUCAUCGAACAAGAUGAUGGUGUUAGACACGGAAGCAAAAACGUGGGAAUGCGAUAUGAGUUCGGGCUUUGAGGCUGGUCGUAGAAUGAUUAGCUCUGUGUCAAUGGAGGACAAGAUUUACUUCAAGGGUAGUGAGAACAAUAGCUUUGUUUUCGAUCCUAAGGAAAGUAAAUGGGAAGAGGAAGUGGAUGCGGACGAGUUGGUACAAUAUUCUAGUUGGAGAUGGGAAAAUGGUUGUGUCAUUGAUGGUAUAUUGUAUAGCUUUGAUAGUGGUGGUGAAUGUUGUUUAAGAGCGUAUGAUAUAAAGCAGAGGUUGUUUUGCGGAGUGGUGAAAGGUGUGGAAGGACUGGUUAAGCCUUGUAACAAGGUGUCCGUAGCUAGUUUUGGUAAAAUCUGA